GGGGGGGGGGCGAGAAAGAGAAGGGGAAGGGCUUCAAACAUGCAACAGGGGAGGGUGGAAGAACCUUACAGAUGGAUCCUUGGAAGUUUACUCUCAAUUGAAACCUGAGAAAAGGGGAAGGAGAUGGAAAAGCAGGACCUAGAAAGGCUUGGAAUUGACAAGAGAUCAAGGAAAGGCCCCCUUCCCACCCAGGCUGGGAGUGGUGUUGAAUUCUGGGAAAGAGCUUUGCCAGAGAUCCUAGAUCAGGAUAUGAUGACUGCAGAUGUGCGUAGCCAAUGCUUUCGACAGUUCUGUUACCAUGAGGCCAAUGGGCCCCGAAAGGUUUGCAGCCAGCUUCAUGGACUUUGCAACCACUGGCUGAAGCCAGAGAAGAACUCCAAGAAGCAGAUCCUGGACCUGGUGAUUCUGGAGCAAUUCUUGGCCAUUCUGCCACAGGAAAUGCAGUUCUGGGUCAGAGGAUGUGGGCCGGAAACCAGUUCUCAGGCAGUGGCCCUGGCCGAAGGUUUCCUCCUGAGUCAAGCAGAAGAGAAGAAGCAGGGAGAACAGAUGUGGGGACGAGCUGUGAAGACAGAAUUGAUGUUUUCUGAGGCAAAAGGAGCUCCAUCACAGGAAAGUCAGAGGGCGCAGACCCAGGAGUGUGUCCGGGAUGUCCUUGUAAAUGGCAGUGAAGAGAUGUUGUUGAGCCUUUGUCUUUGCAGAGGAGCGGAAACAUCUAUUCCAUUUCUGGUGCAGUCAUCAUUUUCCUUUGAGGAGGUGGCUGUGUAUUUCACCGAGGCUGAGUGGGUCUUGCUGGAUUUGGGCCAACGAGCUCUCUACAGGGAAGUCAUGCUGGAGAACUAUGGGAGCGUGGCCUCCCUGGCAGUAGAUGUAGAAGAGACAACUGGGGAAUUCCAGGAGUUUUCUUUGGAAGAAGCCAAGAAUGAAGAUGCAGGACACUUUGGAGAUGGAGAUGGACCACAGAGACAAGAGGGAAGCCAUGCAGAUAAACCCAUUCUUUGGCAAGGAGGUGGCUUUUGUGAGCUCCCAGUCCAAAAAGAAAGGCCAGUCAAAAAGAGAAGGAAUGCAGGCUUGCGUGCUAACCAGAGAAUCCACUCCAGGGAAAACGAAAAUGAAAGUGUGGCCUUUGCAAAGACCUUCAGUCAGAGAAUGAGCGUCGUGUCACGGACACAAAUUCCCUCAGAAGAAAAACUAUAUAAUUGCUUGAAGUGUGGAAAGAUCUUUGGUCGGAAAACAGCCCUUACUUCACAUCAAAGAAGCCACACAGCAGGGGAUGAUCAGAGGAAUGAGGAGGGUGAGGAACUACAUCAUCGAGUUCCAGACAAAGUCAAGAAUGAAGACUUGAGAAGAAACUUAAGGAAUCAAGGUGGACCUAAGAGGAAAGGAAGCCACGCAGCUGAGAAGUGGGAUAAACCCAUUGCUUGCCAAAGGGGGUAUUUCCAAGAAGGAAUUCACAUAGUGAGGAAAACAUGCAAGUGCUUGGAUUGUGGAAUGAAUUUCUCAGAUCAAACCCAAUAUAACAUUCAUUUACUAAUGCACAAUGGAAAGGAGACCAAUCAAUGCCUUGAAUGUGGAAAUAGCUUCCUUAGUACAGCAGAAUUAAUUAGACAUCAAGGAACACAUACAGGAGAGAAACCCAAUAGCUGCUCAGACUCUAGUAAGAGCUUGUCUGAGAAAUCAGACCUUGCACAACACCAAAGGAUUCAUUCAGAAGAGAAACCAUUUAUCUUCUCAGAGAGUGAAAUGAUGGUCCCUGAUGGAAGAAAAGGUAGUACAUAUUUUCCAAAACUCAGUAUAAUGAAGGCAUAUAAAUGUUUUCGCUGUGAAAAAUACUUCAGAUACAGAUCACAGUUCCUUGUGCACCAAAGAAUCCAUAGAGGAAAGAAAACUUCUGAAUUCUCAGAUUGUGGAAAGAAAAUCAGUAAAAGUGGUAGUCUCCACCAGCCUCUACAAACUCACAAAGGGGAGAAACCAUUUGAAUGCUCAGAGUGUGGAAAGAGAUUCAGUCGAAGUGGCCAUCUUCUAGAGCAUCUUAGGACCCACACAGGGGAGAAACCAUUUGGAUGCUCAGAGUGUGGAAAGAAUUUCAAUUCAAGUGGCACUCUUCAAAAUCAUCUAAGAACUCAUACAGGCGAGAAGCCUUUUGAAUGCUUUGAGUGCGGAAAGAGAUUCAGUCAGUGCGGCGCUCUUCAGCAGCAUCUAAGAACCCACACAGGGGAGAAACCGUUUGAAUGCUCAGAGUGUACAAUGAAAUUCAGUCAGAGUGGCCAUCUUCAGCGGCAUCAGAGAACCCACAAAAGGGAGAAACCUUUGGAAUGCUCAGAGUGUGGAAAGAAAAUCAGGAGUGGCAACCUUCACCAGCAUCUAAAAAUACACACAGGGGAGAAACCUUUUGAAUGCUCAGAGUGUGGAAUGAAAUUCGGCUGGAGUGGCAAUCUUUACCAGCAUGUUAGAACCCACAAUGGGGAGAAACCUUUUGAAUGUUCCGAAUGCGGAAAGAAAUUCAGUCGGAGUGGCAAUCUUCAACAGCACCUUCGAACCCACACAGGAGAAAAACCCUUUGAAUGUUCAGAGUGUGGAAAGAGAUUCGGUCAGAGUGGCACUCUUCAACAGCAUCUAAGAACCCACACAGGGGAGAAACCUUUUGAAUGCUCAGAGUGUGGAAUGAAAUUCAGUCGGAGUGGCAUUCUUCAACAGCAUCUAAGAACCCACACAAAGGACAAACCUUUUGAAUGCUUAGAGUGUGGAAAGAGAUUCAGUCAGAGUGGCACUCUUCAACAGCAUCAAAGAACUCACACAAAGGAGAAACCUUUUGAAUGCUCAGAGUGUAGAAAGACAUUCAGUCACAGGUGCAAUCUUCACCGGCAUCUAAGAACCCACACAGGGGAGAAACCUUUUGAGUGAUCAGUGUAUUGAAAUAGAUUCUUUUGGAGUAACUCUUCAAACUCACCUAAGAACUUUUACAAGGGAGAAGGCUUCUGCACGCUCAGAGUAUGGCACAAGAUUCAGUUGGAGUGGUGCUCUUCUAGACCACCUAAGAACCCACAUGAGGAGAAACCAUGUAACUGCUUAGCCUGUGAAAAGAGCUUUUCUCGUCUUGCAUACCGAAAAGAAAAUCGCAAACCACAGAACAAGUUGACACCAUGCCAACUCUUAUAAAGUGUUUGCAUAAGCACAGAAACCUUUCCCUAACCUGGAAGAAAUAUAAAUAAAUUGCAGAAAGAUCUUUAA